AUUGCCAUUCUCACUGAUCAGAUUGGAGGCCAAUCUUCUAUUGGUCACCUCCGAUCGCUCCAUAUCUCCGCCUUUUCCCCAUCCCUUCUCCCCUGUCCUCCGAAACUCGUUGAACAUGGAACUUGGUUUUCCACGAGGGCUCGGGCAGAACCAAAAUCAGGCGUACGGACACCGUCAGCCGCCAGUCCAGCAAAACUCAAAAUCAUCCGAAGGUCAGCUGGCAAACUUCCCGUAUAGCGUCAUGGAUGCGCGGAGCAUCCCACGCACCCUCGGCCCAGCCGCCUCCCACCCCGGCCCCGGUAUACUCGAACAACAGCAUCGGCAGCAUUCAUCUUCAACCUCAUCAUCAACCACACCACCAUCUAUACCUCCCACCGGUCGUCCCACUUCGCCUCCCGUGGCUGCCACCGGCAGCGCCGCAAUCCACUCUGCGGCCGCGGCUGCGGCCGCGGCCGGCAGCGCCGAAGUUGGCCAGCAGUCGGCUGACUCCCUUGCGCACGGCAACGGCAACGGCAACGGUAACGGUGAGAAUUGGGCCUCGCGGGUCCUGCAGGAGAUGAAGGACUUGAUGCUUCUGCUGAACCGCGAAGGUCGAGUUCUGUAUGCGUCACCCUCGUGCGUGGAGAUCACGGGCUUCGAAGCUCAGUCGCUCGAGAAAAGCGAUCUGUUCCGCUAUAUUCACGAGGACGACAAGUCCGUUCUCACUCAGGAAUUGAAAGAAUGUAUUCAGACCGGCCGGCUGCUGCGCUGCCAUUUCCGCUUCUGUAAACCAGACAGCAGCUUCUGUCUGCUCGAGGCGCACGGACAUCCACAUAUCGCUCCCUCGGAUCCCUCGUCGAUGCCCAGUGGUCCGGGUGGUGGCAAUGGUGGUCGGAGCGCCAGCAGCGGCAGCCCCAGUGCGAGCAGCAACGGCAACAACAGCAGUAGUGAUAGUAGCAGUAAUGGUAUCAACAGUGGAUCGGGCUCAAAUGGUCACAGAAGACUUCCACGGCCGCUAUCCCCGUCGCCACCGCAGCAGUUGCAGCAGCAGAAACAAACUGAAUGCCGAGGGAUUUUCCUCGUCUGUCGCCCUUACCCGACGCGGGGAGCCCAACUCCUGAACUCCUUCCUCGAGCACAAGAUCGAGAACAUCCGCCUCAACCAGCGCAUCGCGCAACUCAAGGAAGAGGAAGAAGAAGAGCUCAACGCGACACAGCAAUCUUUUAACAGCAGUAAUAGCGGCGCCAGCAACAACAACAACAACAACAACAACAACAACAGAGAUGCCCAUAUUGUUCACACCUCGACCACCACCACCCGCCAAACAUACAUCACGACCACGCAGACCGUCACCCAAUCCACCACCAACCGGGCACCUACCCGCGACACUCCCUCCACUUCCGGCGAGGACAACGAAUCCUCCGAUACGGUCACGAGCAACGCCGACGAUGCGGAUUCGCGCUCGUUCCCCGGCAUGGAGGGCGUCAUGGACCGCCUACCUGCGGUCGACGACAUGUCGCAUAUCGAGGGCAUUGAGGUCAUGACAGGUCUGUACUAUGGAGAGGGCGAGCGGUCCCAGGGCCUGAGUACCGGCCAAAAACACGGUCGGUUGGUCCACUACUCGGACAUCGGUGGCGAGUCGUCUGGCAACGAUCCCCAGGCACAUCGAGGAGUCGGGGAUGGGGACCGGAGGAAGCGACUCAAGGGCGAGUAUAUGUGUACGGACUGCGGGACGAGUGAUUCACCCGAGUGGCGGAAGGGGCCCGAGGGUCCGAAGACGUUGUGUAAUGCUUGUGGAUUACGCUGGGCUAAAAAAGAGAAGAAACGCCAAGCCCCCCUUGCGAGGAUACCCCCUGCUUCUUUCUCUUUUCGUUUCUUGGGAUGUUUCGUUCUUUCUGCCCCCUCUUGGCUUUUGGGCUGCUUUUUCUGUGCGUGCUGUUGCAGCAGAGCAUGUGAAUCUUACUGCCAAUGCUUUUGAUUAUGACUUUGUGUCUAUGAUGGCAUGACACUAUACGGGAUAUGUAUAUUCAGACUAAAAUCGAAUGGACUCGAUGUCUCCUCCGGUUCGAAUUCAUGAUCCACGCAUGAUCUUCAUUUGGGGCUGUGGGAAACGAGCUGAGUUCAGGUUGUGCAUGGGAUGACAAGAUUAGACUAUUGGCUCUUAACCGGUAAACUUCCGGAAGGGGAAAUGGGGUAUGAACAAUGCAUUAGACAUGACAAUCGAUAAUCGUGGCAACAAGGGAAAAGGAGAGAUAUGCUUGAACCGUGCCGAGGAAUUAUGCGCACGGCCAGACAGAUUCAACGCUUCAUGA